AUGUCAAAUACUUGUGGUUCUUUUACCUAUAAUAAAUCAUCAUCAUCCUCCUCUUCCUCAACUUCAACAGAUCCUAUGGCAAAAUUACUUACUAGACUUAGAUCUCGUACUCGAAUUUCUUUAGUUAUUUUUGGUGCUGUAAUGAUACAUUUAACUAUUGGCACUUAUCACACUUUUGGUAAUAUGUUACCUUAUAUGGCUUCUUAUAUGAAUAACUUUACUGAUAAAAGCGUUAAAAUUGAACAUUUAAUUUGGAUACCCACAUUUCAGGGUUGUUUUCCUUUUGCAAUGAUUAUUGGUGGAUUUUUGGCUAGAAGGUUUGGUCCUAGAAUAGCUGCCGGAAUUGGGUGCUAUACAAUGUGUGCAAGUGUAUUUUUAUCUGGAUGGGCCAUUCAACAUUCCUACUAUGCUUUUCUACUCACUUAUGGUUUGAUGUUUGGUUUAGGCCAAGGAAUUGCUUAUGUAGUUGCUGUUUCUUGUGUUAUAAAUUGGGCACCUAAAAUGGUUGGGCUUGGUUCUGGUAUUGUUGCGGCCGGUUUUGGAAUUUCUUCUUCCAUUUUUGCUCCGAUUCAGACAAGAAUUAUAAAUCCUCACAAUGUCGCCCCAACAAGUGAUGGAUAUUUUAAUGAUCCUGAACUUCUAAGCAGAGUUCCAGGAAUUUUUACUACUUUAAGUAUUGUCUUUUUUAUAAUGCAAUGUAUUGGACUUAUUUUUAUUUGUGAUCCACCAACAGAGUUUGCUCGCCGUUUUCUCGUUCAUGAUUGUACUUCCUUAAUUGACAUGGCCUGGCUUUCAAAACGCCGCUCCCAUUGGCUAGCAUCAAAUGGCCCUCCACUUCUUUCAAGUGGCUGGGCACAGGCAAAGCUUGGAUUGACUCGAGUAGAACAAUUUGGAAGAUAUCAGUAUUCAAAAUUAUCGGCAGAUGAAUCUGAUGAGCAAAAAAAUAUGGUCCCAGAUAAAUUAACGGAGCUUGAACACUCUCUUAAAGAGGAGGGCAACUUAACAAAUUCAUUUCCUACACCUCCUAAUGAAUCAGCUGAUUCCGAAGAAUUGGAAAUUGAAAAACAAGGUCUUCCAAUUUCUUUUGAUCCUUAUCAAAUGCUACAAUCCUCAACAUUUGUUUUUCUUUUUAUUUCUCUUUUUUGUUGUUCUUUUUAUGGAAAUUUCUUUUAUAAUCUAUACAAAACAUUUGGCGAAACCUUUAUUGACGAUGACUUUUUCUUAGCAAUGGCUUUUAGUCUCGGUUCCAUUGCAAAUGCUAUAGCAAGAGUUGGUUGGGGAUUACUUACUGACCGAACAAGUUUUCAGACUUCCCUUUGUAUGGCAACAUCGUUGGCAACAGUUCUUUUACUUACAAUGCCCCUUACAGCACUUGCAGGACGUUAUGUUUAUCUUUUAUGGUUAAUUUUAAUGUUUGUUUGUUUGGCAGCAACUCAUGCCCUUUUUAUCACAGCAAUCGUUCGUUGUUUUGGUUCACAACAUAAAAUUAUUAAUUAUGGGUUUUUAAUUCUUUCAACGACUCUCAGCGGCAUUGUACUUGCUGUUGGAAGUGAAUACUUUCUGCAUUCAAUUGGAUAUAAUUGGGCUUUCAUUCUCACAGCUUGUUUUCCAUUUAUUGCUUUCCUUCUAACUUCGGCUAUUCGAAUUACUCCACAAGGGCAUUUGAUUGUCUCGAAAUAAAUAUAACAAAAAAGUUCAAAUUUUAUUUUCUAAACUCCUUUCUAGCCAUGAUUUUUCUUUGCCCUGUGAUGUUUUUGUGAUAAUCUUUUAAGCUAUAUUUAUAUCUCAAUUCAUUGCUUUUGCAUAUUAUAUGUAUAU